AUGCGCCCCUGUACCGCCUCCUCAUGCUGCUGCCAGGCCCUUAAUCUGCCAUGGGCCCCCGUACCGACUCCUCAUGCUGCUGCCAGGCCCGUAAUCUGCCAUGGGCCCCUGUACCGCCUCCUCAUGCUGCUGCCAGGUCCAGAGUGUCUCAUGGGUCCCUGUACGGCCUCCCAUUGCUGCUGUCUCUAUCGCCACACUCUGCCAUGUGCCACUUUCAGGUCUCCUCACACUGCUGGUGGUUUCCAUUUUUGUCAUAGGGUGCUGUAUGGCCUCCCAUUGCUGCUGCCUCCACCGCCACACUGUGGCUCCACACUCUGGUUUUGGCCCCGUGACUGGCCAAAUGAGUGAAGUGUGCGGUGAUUCUAAGAUCGACGGCACUCAUCUGCAUGUCAUACUGCCUGACAGUAUUAUUUCUCUUCCCCAGCAGACUCCAAGGGCAUUUAAAUUAAAGGUACAGUGUUCAGCACUAAUAUUA